AUGUCACCUGAAAAUGAACUCAUUUCCCGAAUCUACAGUCUUUCAAAAUCAAAGAAAGAAUACGACUUAAUUCCCCACAUUAAUGGUACAGAUCACAAAGAAAUUCUUGAAGUCGAUGAUAGCUUUGCGCUUUGCUCUUGCCUUUGCGGUCAAAGUCUUUGGCUUCCAAUCUACCAAAGUGUACUUGAUUCAAAAGAGCCUCCCUCUAUCGAAUACCUUACCAUCUUGCUUCUUUUCGUACCUUUUUUCAUGACGUUUUGGCACCGUAGAAAGCAACUCUUACUAAACGGUCAAUUAACCCUGAAAGAUGAGCUCGCUUUUACUCGACUGGUCCUUAUGCAGUUCCCGAGGGCAACGGAGCCGCUUCAGCACAGGCAUUGGAUCUUGGAACGUCUUCCCAACGUGGACCUCGAGUCACUAGCCAGUGAUGAGAUUGAUUUAUGCGAAGCCCUGAGUGACAAACAUCGUUGUAAUUACAUGGUUUGGCAGCAUCGCCGGUGGUUUCUUCAUAAGUGUGGAUUUACUCGCCAGCUUUUCCACUCAGAAUUAGUGCGUAUGAAUGCUUGGAACCUGGCACACCCAAUGGACAUCAGUGGAUGGAGUUACCGCUCACAUUUGUUUCGUUCAUAUCAGAGAAUGGAUGAUUUUGAUACGUUGUCAUCACUUCUACUCCGUGAGAUGGUGAAAAUACUCUCAAAUAUUCAGGCGGUCCCAGAGAAUGAUGUGUUGUGGGAUUACAGGCGGCAAGUGGUUGAAAUCUUUGCUGAGAUGAGGAGAGAUGAGAAACAGUUGAAAGAAUUCGAUACCGAAACUUAUGUCGAUCCACGUUUGCGAAAUUUGACUGAUCGAGAGCUUAAAAUUUACGCUGAAGUGGAUGAACCAACUCUUAUGCCCUUGGGACAAGCAGCCGAGCAGGAUGAGGGCACGGUUUAG